AUGAAUGGGUGCCAGGAAAUCCUAGCGCCCACAGGCCAGCCCAAGCCGAACUUGGUCGCAGCCAUUGGCCAGCUCGUUGCAGGAGGUCUUACUUCAGACUCCAAGAGCUCGCUAGGUGGCUCGCUCGACAAGGACGAAAAUAGCUUCGUCAACAACAACGCUCGGUCCCCUUGGCCUCCAGCGUACCCGAGGGCUGGCCUCCACGAUGCGCCAUACUCCAUCUCCGAGUCCGCUUUGCGUGCCGCCAUUCACAUUCCUUCCUCAUUCAGAUAUGGCGCGAGAGGUGCACCGCAACCAAUCAUCAUGGUGCCCGGCACCGGCAGCACAGGAUACUUAACCUUCCAGGGCAAUUACAUCCCUCUGCUCCAAGGCUCCAACAUCGCCGACCCAGUCUGGCUCAACAUUCCCGAGUAUGCCCUCAACGACAUUCAGCUCAACGCGGAAUACGUCGCUUACGCCAUCAACUACAUCUGGGGCAUGUGCAACCAUCGCAAGGUCGCCGUACUCACGUGGUCGCAAGGCAGCCUCAUGGGGCAGUGGGCAUACAAGUACUGGCCGUCGACACGCUCCCGCGUCACGGAUCAGAUUUCCAUCUCGCCCGACUAUCACGGCACCGUUGCAGCCAACCUGAUUUCGCCACCGGGCAUCGCAUAUCCGCCUUCCAUCCUUCAGCAGCAGUACAACUCCCAGUUCGUCGCCACUCUCCGCUCAGGGGGAGGUGACCAAGCAUACGUGCCCACCACGAACGUGUACUCCGGCUUCUUCGACGAGAUCGUCGAGCCACAGCAGGGUGACGGCGCAUCAGGUUUCCUGUCCAGCUCGCGCUCCGCCGAAGCUUCCAACACGGAAGUUCAAAAGGCGUGUCCAUUUGCACUCGCCGGCGGGUUUUACGACCACGAGACCACACUCGCCAACCCCGUUGGCUAUGCCUUGCUCGUGGACGCUUUGAAGCACAACGGACCUGGAAAACUGGAGCGGAUCAAUCUGGACAGCGUCUGCAACAACCUGCUGUCGCCAGGACUGGGUCUCGGAGACUUUUUGGCGACGCAGAACAACUUGUUGGUGGCGGGAGUGCAGACGUUUUUGUACCACCCAUUGGUUCUCGUGGAGCCGGAAAUCAAAGGUGAGCUCCGCACUUCGUCUUCUUGA